AUGGACGCUUCAUCAGAGAGUGCGCCGUCCAGCGAGUGCGAGUGUCCCUGCUCUGUACGCUCGUCAUCGAUGGGCCAUGGGGCUAGGGGCCAGACGGAAUACGACGUCAUCUUGAAAGAUCAUCUAGAUCUGUUGACCCCCCAUGGGCGGGCAGGAGAGUCGAGUGAAGCCUGUCAGGCACCAAUCAUGACGGGCUCUGUACUCAGCCACAGCACAGGUUGCACCUGUCAAGAGCGACCCCCCGAGCUAUCGCAAUUCGGGCUUUUGGCAGGCAUCAAAAGCCUGCUUGAAACCGGAGCUCCAAUGGAGGAGCCAGAGGAUCGGGACGAGGAGGAUGACCCACGCCUCCUCUUUAACGUCUCCAUUCCAUCGAAACGUUUCAUCACGAAGGGCACGUAUUCACGCUUCGGUAUCCGGGUUGAGCCCUUGGAGAUUGACCAGAAGCAUCUGAACACGAAGCGGAUGCUUGACCUGAUGGCGGUGGGACAAAACGACGGCCCCGUGCCAUUGUACAUACACACGGUCAAGCGCAUAUUGCGAAACAUGCGUAUCGCUCAGCAAGAAACGGGCGGUGGGUUUGACUAUCAACAGUUCAAGCGGCUAAUUACCUUCUCUGGUCUCACUCCGGCCCAGAUUGAGCCUCUCAACCAGCGACUGGACACAUUGGAAAGCUUUAUGCCCGAAAAGGAAAGCGUCGUCACCGGAAAGAAGAAGAAAACUCUUGUGCAGGCAAAAGGCACGGAAUGGGAACCAUCGUACAUGAAUACGUCGAUCGAGUCCCGCCUGUUCACAGAGACCUUGUUGUCAACGGUGCGGCUGCAACGUCACCUUGGAGCGCGUAUCAUCAUUUCAACCCAAGAGCCGACAAUCUCCAAAUCACUGCUCGACCUAUGCUCCACCACCAUCGUCCACCGGUUCACGUCCCCGGAGUGGCUGCAAGCCCUGAAAAGCCAUCUGGCCGCGGCUUCAACGAAGCACUUAGCGAGUCCAUCAGCGGGAACGACUCUGUCCCCGAGUGGUGAACAUACGCAGGAAGAGGAUGUUGCUUUGAUUUUUGACAAGAUUGUCUCUCUGCGAGUGGGGGAGGCAUUGCUGUUUUCUCCAAGCGCUGUGGUACGCUCGGUGGAUGAGGAAAGCAGACUCCGCUUCGGCCGUUUAGGGUCUAAGUAUCUGGUCAUGAAAGUCCGAGCUCGCUUGACUUUGGAUGGCGGUAUGAGCGUCCUGUCUAAUGCGCGGAAGCCUUGA